GAUGCUGGCUGCGGAGCUGGCGGGGCGCGCGCGACCGUUCGUCAGCCGGGCGGGGCCAGCCCUGUUCACACCCGGCGGGCAGGUGGCCGGCCUGGGCAACUACGGGCUGCAGGGGACACGGCACAGCGUGGGCAUGGCGGUGCUGGACCGGCUGGCCCGGCAGCUGGCAGUGGCUGAGGGCUGGAGAACGGACAGGCGGUGCUGCGCUGAUGUGGCCCUGGCCACAGCCCGUGGCCUGGACCUGGUGCUGCUCAAGCCGCGGAGGCUCAUGAACAUCAACGGGCUCAGCAUCGCCAGUGCGGCUGAGAUCUACAACCUCCACCCAGAAGACAUUUACCUGGUUCAUGAUGACCUGGACAAGGCCCUGGGCAAGGUGGCGAUCAAGCUGGGUGGCAGCGCAAGGGGACACAACGGAGUCCGAUCCUGCAUCAGUGCUUUGCACUCCAACGAGAUGACCCGGCUCAGGAUCGGCAUUGGGCGGCCAGAGGGCAAAGUGACAGUGUCCAGCUAUGUCCUGGCUCCAUUCAGCGCUGGGGAGCGGGAGAGGCUGGAGCAGGUCCUGGCCCAGGCAGCGACCUGUCUGCUGGAGCACAUCCUGCAGAGGAGAGCACGUGCCGGGGAGCCAGGGGACAGGGGCUGACGCUAACGCCGGGGGACCUCCGUGGACGAUGGACAGGGUCCUGCAGACUCUCCGGGGUGACCGUGGUGCAGAGCUGGCCCUGCUGGGCAGCCUGGCCGGGUGCUGGGGCAGCCCCCGACCAUCCCCACACAGAUCAGGGCAGCUCGUGUCCCACUCAAAGCCCUGCAGUGGCUUUGUAUGGCUGCCACAGAAAUUAAACAAACCCUUGCCCCUGGCUCUCCCCUGCUCCUGCCUCUGU